AUCGCUUGUUCAUCGGCCGUCUUCUGUCACCAGCGCGCGUGAAGAUGGCAUCUCUCAAUGUCACCGCGUCGGGGAAACCCCUCGAUUCUUCGGUCAAACAAAUCCAGCUAGAAGGACUGGUGGUGCUGAAGAUCAUCAAGCAUUACCAGGAGGAAGGUCAGGGGACUGAGGUAGUGCAGGGGGUGCUUCUGGGACUGGUGGUGGAGGAUAGGCUGGAGAUCACCAACUGCUUCCCUUUCCCUCAGCACACUGAAGAUGAUGCAGACUUUGAUGAAGUUCAAUAUCAGAUGGAGAUGAUGAGGAGUCUGCGCCAUGUAAACAUUGAUCACCUUCAUGUGGGUUGGUACCAGUCAACUUUUUACGGCUCUUUUGUCAGCCGGGCCCUUUUGGACUCUCAGUUCAGCUACCAGCACGCCAUUGAGGAGUCCGUUGUGCUUAUUUAUGAUCCCAUUAAGACAUCUCAGGGUUCUUUGUGUCUCAAGGCCUACAGACUGACCCCCAAACUUAUGGAGAUCUGUAAAGAGAAGGACUUCUCUGCAGAUGCGCUGAAAAAAGCUAACGCAGGGUAUGAGAACAUGUUCGAGGAGGUGCCAAUCAUCAUCAAAAACUCUCAUCUCAUCAACGUUCUUCUGUGGGAGCUUGAAGAAAAGUCCACUGUUGCAGAUAAACACGAGCUCCUCAACCUUUCCAGCAGUAGUCACAUGGAGAAGAGCUUGCAGAUGUUGAUGGACCGUGUGGAUGACAUGAGUCAGGACAUUGUCAAGUACAACAACUACUGCCGCAGUCUCAGCAAGCAACAGCAACAGAAACAUCAGUACAUUCAGAGACGUCAACAGGAGAAUGCCCAGAGACAGAGCCAUGGAGAACAGCCCCUUCCUGAAGAAGACCUCAGCAAAAUGUUCAAGCCUCCUCAACCACCUCCACGUAUGGACACCCUGCUCAUUGCCAGUCAAAUCAACAUGUACUGCCAAACUAUUAAGGAGUUCACAUCUCAGAACCUGGGCAAGCUUUUCAUGGCCGAAGCUCUCCAAGGACAAAGCAGUUACACUUCAGCCAAUUAAAUUGUUUCAGUGAGACAAGUCCUAUGAUUGGUCAAAGUCAUCUAUUCCCUUUAGCUACAAAAUAACAUUUAUUGGCUCUUUUUAAUAUUUAAACUGUUCCAUUGUUUCCCCUUGUGUUUUUAUUUUUCAUUUUACUAGACUUUUAACACAUUUAAGUUUAAUUGAUGUAUUACUUACCAUAAAGCAGGUCAACAUUUUAUUUAGGCAUUUAUAAGAACAUGUGAGCCACUUUUCCACCAGCUAACCAUGCUGAGAAUUCCAGGCUGGGAACAGUUUGGAAUCGAACAAUAUUGAACCGUGCUCAAGUGGAAAUGCUAAUGGAACCAUUGCUCGCCAUGCUCGGAACUGUUUGGCCCAAUGGUGGAGAAGCGCCUAUGGAAUGUGAUUCAGAAAAUAUAAAAUAUGUUAAUUUGUUCAAAAUAUAUUCGAAAUGUUCAUUUUUGAGAGGAAACAAAUGUACCCAUCAAUAUUGUGCUAAAAGGGAUGUUGAAAAUGUGGUAAUACAUUUGAUUUUGCCCACUAUGUAGUGUUUGUUCCUGUGUUUUUUUUCCGAAUAGUCAUUCGAUAGUGUCAUUUGCUGUCCCAAUCCAGCAAAAAUGAGUAUGACUGGACAGUCAUACUAAUGACUGAGCCGAUAUUAUGAAGCUGCACACACUUCUGUUUUUUUAGCCCAAUAGAUUUUUUCCACCUGCCUUCUUGGCAGUCUUUCUCUCUCUCGUUCUCUUUUUCUUAAUCCAUUGAUCUUACACUUUAUGUUUCUGCACCAACUUUUAUUUCUGUUUCUACAGGAGCAGGUUCACUUUUGACUUUAUCACCAAUGCCUGUAAUGAAAGGCAUAAAUCCUUUUGCCAAUCAGUGACUAAUUCUCUUUUCCUUAAAAUUGUGUGAUUUCCAACCUAACUCUAAUUUUGUGAAAUGGAAAAGCGAGCAAUUUCCGGCAUCAAAAUACACAAUUUGCACGGGCCACCGCAUUCUUUCAGACAAAAAUGGAUCAGUACGGUCAUAAUUAGAGUACAUUGCUGUAAAACAGCCCCCGUUCCUGUCAAUUUACACCAGGAGUCUGUCGUGUGCUGGACAUUCAUUUCAACCCACUGUUCCCUGUUGUAGAGUAAAACUGGGGUUCACAUGGCAUUUACCUCCCACCACCUCUCUGCGGUCCCACCCACAAGCUACUCACUCCAGUCAUUAGUCUUCACAGCAUGUAUUUUUAAUUUAUUUCCACUUCACUACAGGUGAUUGAAGCAGAUAAACCGUGACAAUAAAACUCUUGAACUCCAGACGCCCUGAUUGAUGAUUGCGAAGAGUUUCAGUAGUAAUUGCCGCAAUGAGCUUUUGACAUUGCACAACGUGCCCGGCCUUUCAAAGAGGAUUGCGUUAGUGUGCACAAUUAAAUUCUAGCUGCACCAAAAAAUGUAACGGCCAAAAGUUCUUAGACUCCACAGUUUUUAUGUCUUUUCCAUCAAUGGAGACACCCUUUGUCACCUUUUGCAGGUGAAUUACAGUAAUCCCAGUACAGACCCUUGUAAUUAAAUAUAAUAUCCUGUCACGAUGGAAAUUAUUGCAUUUUACGGUACCAAGAAGCAUUUUAUUUAUCGAGGAAAAAGAGACGUUUAGUUAAUAACUUAAAUAUUAGCAAUGUUCAUGUUAACGUGCUGAAAUGAGUCUGAGGUCUAGUUACUGAUUUCUGAUUCAAAUUUCAGGCAGGAACCGGAAGAACUUUAUAUAUUUUCUUUCAAGUCAGUUCCUCUGGGACAUUAAAGGAAUCUCUAGGAAGCAUCUAUGUCAGUCUGUAGAAGACACCAAUUAACCAUUGCUUUGCAUUUGCACUGUAAAUUACCAUUUUAGAAUUCAUCCAAACUCUUCCCAUUAUGGUAGCACAUCAAAGUCUCCUAUUCUCAUGGGAUUUAUAAUCUACCAUCAAGUAAUAGCUACCUCCAUUUGGUCUACUAUGUGGUUUCAGUACAUUUAAAGGAUAGUUGUGUCUCCCUUUAGGUUAAUCUAGGGUUUAGCUCAACCAGUCUCCUCACAGGCGAUAAGUUGUGUUUGAAUCUACAAUAAUGGUGGGAUGAAUUUCUCCCCAAAGCCUCAUUAAUCAGGGUGUGUGAGCAGGCGGCUUUGAAGCCAUUGAUUUUAAAAGUACCAGUACCAAGGUUGGCUCAUUAGGUACUUCUUUGAACACUGCCAUUGUGUUUGUUUUAGACUGGUAGGCCGGAGGUGCUACAGCUUUUGUUGUAUUAUUGAUGAAGUCCUAGUUGUUUCCAUUUUAUUCAAGGAUGUUGCUCCACAAAGCAGCCAAGAUGGCCUGUUAGACUUUGAAGCUGUUCUAUGAGGCAGUGCUGUAAAAUGGCAUUGUUUCCCUGUACAGUGGUUUGAGAAGCACUGUUUUCUUUCCUGUGCUGACGUAUACCCUGUUAAAACAGCAGUUCUCUGCAAGACACGUCGACGGGCUAUUUAAUGGCCAAUAAGUUUUCCUAACGUCAUAAAACCUGGUACUUGGUACAUGACUAGUCGAAUGCAGGUGGUCUUAGAUUCGGUACGUACACUCAAAAAAUUAAGCCAUUACACUUUCUUAAUUGAAUUAUAGAAAGACUUGCACUUAAUUGAAUGUUCCUCCAUCAGAAUAAGUUAGUUUCAUUAAGCCAACAUAAUUUAGUUUGAUUAGGUCAAAUGAAUGUACUUGUCACGAUCCCCUGUUGUCUGCCCCCGUGUUGCACUACAAUUCCCAUGAUUCCCGGCCCUCAUCACUCUGUCAUUGUUCGCACCUGAUUGUCGUUUGUGAUUAUCAUGUGUCUGUGUACUUAAACCCCGCUGUUCCUCCAUUCCCUUGUCGUUCGUUGUUCCCACUGUUUUGAUGUUUUUGGGAGGUCCCGAUGUCUACUCUGUCUCCUGUUUCAGCUGUGUGCAUCCUGCCGUGUUUUUCCAGUCUGUGUUCCUUCUAUGUCUUCAUGUUGUAGUUCCCGUUUUCCCAUCGUGGUUGUUUACUUUGUACCUGUCUUGUUUAUUUUCAUUUUGUUCAAUAAACCCGCAAGUAGAGCCAAACUCCCCGUCUGCCUCCGCCUUCUUAUCGUAACAGUACUAUAGUAAUUUUAACUCUGCUUUAUUAGGUUUGUCAAACUCAAUUAUUUAAUAAAUUUUUGUCCGUCUUGCUCAGUGGUUCCCAAACCUGUUCUAGAGGCACCCCAACACAGCACAUUUUGUAUGUCUCAAUUUUCUGACACACCUAUUUCAGGUCUUGGAGCACUCUACUAAUGAGUUGGUUAGUUUUAUUCAGGUGUGUUCAUGCUAGCUAGAUGAACGAAAAACAACUGAUAAACAAUUGAAAGACAGCACAGAUGGACACAAAACUACAUUCAAUGUGUGAACAGCCCUUAACAUGUUUACAUAGAUGACCAAGGAACCUUGGGAGGAACAAAGAUUGACCAUUUUAAAUUUGUAUCUGUUAAAAGUUGUAAACAUUUUUGACUGUUAGAAGUAAUAUAGAUGGCUUCAAAGAUAAACUCCCAUUUAGAUUUUAUGGUGUUUUUAACCAUUCCUGAUGGUGGCAGAUUGAAAAUUUUGUCAUUUGAAAAGAUCAGUUUCCUUUCUGUUUGUCCUCUGUCCUUGAUUCCAAGAUGACUCAUAAAGAGUGUGUUUCAUAGGAGUACAUUGCAAAUAUUUUUAUUGUAGCUAUGUCUAGAUGUUCUUUCAAACCACAAUAGUCACUCUGCUUCCUUUUGACGACAUAUAGGCCCACACAUAACCCACAUAAAUUUAGGGCUGUUUAUGCUUAAACUAAAAGUUCAUCUGAGCCCUUGGACAGUUUCAAGAGUAGCUAUCAGGUUGCUCUUGUACAAUGGGAACCACAAUUUUCUUUUAAACAGGAAAUUCCUUCUUUUCCACUCUAAUAUAGGUACCUGCCUAAAAUGCUUUGCCAUUCUUGAUAUCUCCAACAUUUUCAUAAUUUUUCCCUUCUUAUAUUUGUUUAAAUUUCCCUUUUAUUUUGUUUGGCAAGAUGGACAGAAGACUUGAACUGAGUUUCUAGCUGCCUCCAGAGAAUGUUGCAGCAGCAGAUGGUUAAAAAAAUGAUCUUGAUGAAACGGCAGAAAUAGUUUUAAAUAUUAGCACCUGCUUUUUCAGACAAUCUGAAGUCUGACACAUUCGUGCCUUUGCAGCACUCUCUGUAUACAGUUCAUGUUUAAUUACCCACAAGAUGCAGCUUC